AUGAGACACAAAUCAAAUGGACAAUAACUAAUUAUUGAAGGAUCGCACCUUUUCUUAGGUGAUGAGUCAGUCAACUCAUUCAAACCAAGAUUCUCUAAAUACAAGAACUUUUACACUAAGAAACCCCUCUUUGAAUUUCAUUAUGUGACUCCAACCCAGAAACAUGCUAAGGAAAUACUUGACAAAAUUUGCCAUGUCAAUAAAAAGCUUUUGAUUACUGAGAGACCAGAAUCGUCCUUCUAAAAACGAAAAGAAUUCUCUGUUGAUCAAUCUUUAACUACAAGGGGGUCAAUAUAAAAAAAAUAGAUUAGAAUCAAAUCCAUGAACAGAUCAAAUAUUCAAAGCAAACUCUCAGAUUAAGAUUGGUUAGCAUUCGUAUUGGAUUGA